AUGGGAUUUGGAAUUCUCGAACCCAACACUACCGGUCAUGUACCGGGAACAGUACUCCUGGACCAGAAAGCUGCUCACUCAGAACUGCAGACUGGUCAAUUGAAGCAUGGUACGGGCAAAUACUCACACAUAAUCCUCGCGCCGCAGCCUUCUGAAGAUCCAAAUGAUCCCCUGAAUUGGUCAUGGUGGAAGAAGCACAUCAUCCUUGCUAUCAUCUUCUUCGGAACCAUCGUUCACGGUGUCGUCCCAGGCCCACUUCUCAAUGCGGGUAUUGUUGAAAUCACAGCUGAUCUUGGUCGUUCUGCUACCGACGUCGCAAAGCUGUCAGGCUAUUUACUCCUGGCCACGGGAGCGGUUGGUCCAUUUGCGUCGUCUUUUGGACGAAAAUACGGGAAACGCCCAGCGUACGUCUUUUCAAGCGUCAUCGGGACAGUUGGCAUUAUUGUGUCAGAAGUUGCAUCGGAUUACAACACUCUCCUCGCCGGACGAGUUCUCCAAGGCAUCUCGGUUGCGGCGUAUGAAUCACUCGCAGUUGCCUCCAUUGGUGACCUGUUCUUUGUUCACGAAAGAGGUCCCAUGGUGGCGAUCAUAAUGUUCCUCUUGGGCGCUGUGUCGAAUGGAAUCUCCAUCAUUGCCGGGGUCAUCACUGCCAAUCUCGGAUGGAACUAUAACUUUCACAUCUAUGUGCCAUUUGCUGCGGUCCAGACCCUGAUGGUGAUAUUCUACUGCCCGGAGACCAUGUAUCGACGCAAGGCUAUCUACGAGAUCGACACGCUCGGCUCGGAAGAGAACCUCGAGAAGCUUGCCGGUCUUGAAGCCCGAGCUGCAAGACAUGUUGAGGACCGCGACGGGCACCGCGAGGUGGAAGACCCAGAGAAAAAUGCACAUGUCGAGCUCGGAGCCCACCCUGAUGGGAGUCAAACUGAUCAACCCGGCAAUAUCCACCGAACCACCACAGCGCAAUCAGCGAUCCCUCUACCAAAGACCUACUGGCAAGAACUAGCUCUCUACAACGGCUCAUUCGUGGAUGACUCGAUCAUCAAGAUGACUCUUGCGUGCCUCGCCAUCGUGUUCAACCUGGGAGCGCUAUAUCAAAUCAUCAUGACCGGCCUCAUCAUCGCUUGGUACGUCACCAUCGCCAUCAUCUCGGGCAUCAUCUUCGCCUCCCCACCGUAUCUGCUUACCUCCGCUUCAAUUGGCUACCUAUCUGCUGGUCCCCUGGUUGGCGGCCUCUUGGGAUCGGUCGUCUCCUUCUUCCUAUCUGGGCCUCUCACACAAGGUCUGACACGACGCAACAAGGGCGUCUACGAGCCCGAAUUCUGCUUGAUCCCCAUCGCCCCUGGCGCCGCCAUCAUGAUCGCAGGUCUAGUAGGCUGGGGAUUUGCGGUGCACACAUUUGCCAAUAUAUAUGUCAUCUGCUUCAUCUGGGGUCUCCUCCUCUUUGGAAUCAUCAUCACCGCCACGUUUGCCACUCAGUGGGCCCUCGACGCCUACCGCCAGCACAGCACCGAGCUGUUCGUCAUGAACAUGGUAUUUAAGAACUUUUUCUACUACGGAUUGACGAAUUAUAUCAUCGACUGGUAUUUCAAAUACGGCACUGUGCAAAUGGGAGGCAUUAUGGCUGGAGUCACGGGCUUCUGUUGUAUCCUCGCCUUGCCGAUGUACAUCUUCGGCAAGCGCUACCGCCACUACUGGCACCAUCAUAAUAUCAUUACCAAGCUGCGCUUGGAGACCGACCAUACUGGUGCGGAGUAG